UUCAAUUUCUGAUUCAUGGACAAGUUUUAUUUUUAUUGUGAAGGGGCGUGGCGCUUGUCGACGUCACGUCCGGUUACGUUCCCGGACCCAGUAGCCGCCAAAAAGACACCACCGAAGUUCGAAGGGAUGUUGUCUGAGAAAGAGACGAGAAACCUCCGCAGGUUUGUGUGCGGUCAACUCCGUGAUGAGCCAGACCUCAGCACGCUGACCUUUAGAAUUCUAAAAAAGCGAUAUCUGGCACAAGUUCAGUGUGAAUCAUUAAGUCCAGAGGCCAAAAACUUCAUGAAACAGGUGAUUCAGGAGGAACUGAUCAAAAUGCAGGACAAUGGAGAAAAUGGAAAUGAAUUGGAGACCGAGAAGCUCCAGAGCAAAAGGAAGAGAGGAAGGGAAAAAGAUGAGGUAGUGAGCGGGGGAGAAGAUAAAGUUGAAUCCACAGCAAGGAAAUCCCAGCGUAAUUUAAGCUCAUCAUCAGAAUCAGAGGAUAAAGAGGACCACAAAACAGGUAGUGAGGAGAGUGAAGAGGAAGAGCAAGUAAAAUCUGAAUCUGAGGACGAAGUUGAAGAGGUGAAAAAAUCUCAGCGAAAGACCAAUGGAAAGGGUAAACGGGAGUCGUCAGAUGAGGAAAGGAAUGAGAGUAACUCUGAUGCCAGUCCAAAAGAAAAGGAGAAAAAGAAAGCAAGUACUACAAAGAAUGGAGAGGCAGGAAGCAGCAAUACAAAGAAAGGAAAGGAAAAAGCACAGAGUGAUAAAGAGAAUGAUUCCGACUCGGAUGACGGGUCAGAAAAGAGUGACAAAAUCAACAGCAACGACUCCUCAGAUGACAGUGAAAAAGAAGAUAAAGUUUCUUUGGAAAAGAAAAAUGAUGACCCAGACUCUGAUUCAUCAUCACUUCCCUCUGUGGAGGAAGAAGAGGACAAAAAGAAAGUAAAUACAGAAGAUGACAAAAAGAAGAAAACUGUGAAAAAAGAGACGAGUACCAAAAGUGAAAAGGAUUACAACAAAACAGUUUUGAGGCUCAAACGCUACAUUUCUCUCUGUGGUGUGAGGCAGAACUACAAGAAGCUCCUCGGUGGCUGUAAAUCUAUUCGCGCCCAGGUAGCUGUCCUGAAGAAGGAGCUUGAAGAGCUUGGUGUCCAAGGCAACCCAUCUAUUAAGAAAUGUAAGGAAGCCCGAAAGAAGAGAGAGGAAACACAGGAACUCGCUGCACUUGAUGUCAGCAACAUCAUUGCCACACAAGGUCGCCCUAGGCGCAGCGGAGCCUUAGCACGGCAGCAACAACAGAACCAUCCAUCCACUGCAUAUAAGCGCACACUGAACUCUGGUUCUGAAAGUGAUCGGGAAAACAAACCACAGAUGAAGCGCAGAAGAACAUCAGACUGGGCCAACCUACAAGGGAUCAUCAGCGAUGACGCGGACAGCAACUGACCUGGACAGUUAUUCUUUCAAUAUGGACAUUACAUUUCUUCUUUGUAUCAGUUGUCUUUUGGUCUGAGAUCAAUUUGAUUGUUAAGGGUUUUGAUACUUAUUAUUUCUCUGAUCUUUUUUCUCUGACCUUUUAUUAUAGUUUCUGAUGAAUCAUAAGCUAUAAUAUCAGAGCAUGAGGAUAAAUUAUUGUUACAUGUACAUCUAUGUUCUAAGUAAUAAAAGUCUUGUACUUUUA